CGAGACACGAAGCAAAUGUACGCGAUGAAGUACAUGAACAAGCAGCAGUGCAUCGAGAGGGACGAGGUUCGCAACGUCUUCCGGGAGCUCCAGAUCAUGCAGGGGCUGGAGCACCCUUUCCUGGUCAAUCUGUGGUACUCCUUCCAGGACGAGGAGGACAUGUUCAUGGUCGUGGACCUGCAGCUGGGCGGGGACCUGCGCUACCACCUGCAGCAGAACGUCCAGUUCUCGGAGGCGGCCGUGAAGCUCUACGUGUGCGAGCUGGCGCUGGCCCUGGACUACCUGCAGCGGCGCCACAUCAUCCACAGAGACAUCAAGCCGGACAACAUCCUGCUGGACGAUCACGGACAUGUUCACGUCACAGACUUCAACAUCGCGACUGUCGUGAAAGGCGCAGAGAAGUCUUCCUCCAUGGCCGGGACCAAGCCCUACAUGGCCCCAGAAGUGUUCCAGGCGUAUGCGGACGGAGGCCCUGGGUACUCGUACCCCGUCGACUGGUGGUCGCUGGGGGUCACCGCCUACGAGCUGCUGCGGGGCUGGAGGCCAUAUGACAUCCACUCGGCCACGCCCGUCGACGAGAUUCUCAGCGUGUUCAAGGUGGCGCGUGUCCACUACUCCUCCACGUGGUGCGAGGGCAUGGUCACCCUGCUGAAGAAGCUCCUGACCAUGGACCCCGAGAGCCGCCUGUCCAGCCUCGGUGACAUUCAGAGUGCACCCUACUUGGCCGAUAUGAACUGGGAUGCGGUGUUCGAGAAGGUGCUGACGCCUGGCUUUGUGCCCAAUAAAGGGAGAUUGAAUUGCGACCCCACAUUUGAACUUGAAGAAAUGAUUCUCGAGUCCAAGCCACUUCACAAGAAGAAGAAGAGGUUGGCGAAGAACAGGUCCAGAGACGGCACGAAGGACAGCUGUCCCCUGAAUGGACACCUGCAGCAGUGUUUGGAGACGGUGCGGAAGGAAUUCAUCAUAUUCAAUAGAGAGAAGCUGAGGAGACAGCAAGGGCAGAGCGGCCGACUCCUGGACACCGAGGGCCAUGCUGGGGGACAGGCCCGCGGCCAGCUGCAGGACGGGAGUAACAACAACGUCCUCGCCCACGCCUGCUCCCACGGCUGCACCAGCUAAGCCACCCCAUGUGGCUGCAGACCCGGACU